AUGGAGAUUGAAUGGUUCGAGCUGCUAUCUGUGUUUAAACGAGCUGAGAAAUUGGAACGGAGCUGCACGACAAUGUGCUACAAUGAACAGCCAUCUAGUAUCAAUUGCGAGUUACAUCGUGCUGUCAAGUUUACCUCUGUUUCAGAUCGUGGUACAGAAAUUUAUGCUUACGCAUGUGUCGAAAGGAAAGCUUGGGCGCUAAACAUAGAGAAUAACUACAUGAACGUAAUGUACGACGUGAAACGCAAUGGACAAUCAAGUAAUGACCGAACAGUGACAGUCUCGUACAGACAGGACAGAACAAGCGUGGAAAACAGAUCUGUGACAGUUAACGGAAUUAUUAGUGAUGGAUAUGAAGUUCCUAUAUCAUUAUAUGAUGCGAGAAAUGCAGGAAGCAACGAUGGCCAAGCAACCUAUGGAACGCUCGAUUUGGCAUUUGAAAAACUAAAGGAGGCUACCUAUUGGGAGCCUGGAAUUACAGAAACACAACUCUACUCACAAAUACAGCAAUAUCAAUUUCCUCAAAUUGAACGCCAAACUAUUAACUCUAGAAAAUAUAUUGCAUCCGGAGAGUUUGGUACUGUGGAAAAAGCCAUAUGGCAAUCAGCACAAAGCGAGAAUAGAGUUGUGGUUGCGGUCAAGGCUUUGAAAUCUGAGACAGACGACGACCGCGUGCGUUUUCUUCGUGAAGCAGCAAUUCUUGGACAGUUUCACCAUCCAAACGUUGUCGCUCUUUACGGCGUAGUGACAUUGGGAUCUCCGCUGUUAAUUGUUCUUGAAUACUUGGAGAACGGAGACUUGAAACAGUAUCUAACAAAACAGAGAGCAGAUAUUUGUUCAUCAAGCCCAUCAUUAGAGUGCCUUGGUAAACGGCUGUUGAAAAUGUGCAGAGAGAUCGCGUCUGGUCUGGAGUAUCUUUCCGCAAAAUUGUUUGUUCAUAGAGAUUUGGCUGCCCGCAAUAUUCUUCUGGAUCACGAAAACACAUGCAAGAUUGGAGACUUUGGUCUAGCUCGAGACGUGGCCGAGGAGACGUACUAUUUUACGCGUGGAGGCAAAAUUCCUAUCCGUUGGAGCGCUCCUGAGACGUGGAAUUUUUGCAAAUAUUCUUCGGCCAGUGACGUGUGGAGCUACGGGAUACUACUGUAUGAGAUAUGGUCACUUGGAUGCAGGCCGUAUGGUUGUACGCCAAAUUCCGAAGUGAUGUCGUUGACUGACGAAGGUUACCGUCUUCCUCCUCCUCCCGGUUGUUCCCGUUCGAUGUACAGACUGAUGAUUGACUGCUGGAAUGGUGACUCUCAUGAUCGUCCUAGUUGUAGUGAUGUCGUGGGCCGAUUAUCUGUUGAAGACGACCAGUUGUUAGUGAACAGAGAAAACGAAGAAAGUAUCACUGGAAAACUGGGCGACAGCCCACAAUUAUCCGCCAACAGUUAUCAAGAUUUGCAGAUGACGCACCUUCAUAUAAUUGACGAGCAGCAGGUCUAGGAUUCUAGUGAAUUAGCAAACGUUGAAAAACAAAUAUAGUAUCUAAAAGCAAUUGUAGCUUUACUUGAGUAAAAA